UAUUUUUUUAUGAUUUAGUUUGUAAGAGCUGCAUUACAAAAUUGCAAUGGAAGAAAUAGAAUAUGAAAGUAUUGUUCAAUGGUAUUGCCAAAAAAAGUAUUACAAAGAUAUGCUAUCUCAUGCCAAAAAAGCAUCAGAAGCAUUUUCUUUAAGCAAAAGAUUGAAAGUUUAUUUUGCUCUUGCUUGUGCCUUAAAUAAACACAACAAUGAAGCACUGAAAGUCUGCUCCACUCUUGGUUCUCAUGAAACUACAGAUGUUGCUUUGGCUGUAUUACUUAUUCAAAGUUAUGUGUACAAAUAUCAAGGUACAACUGAUAGAAUGGCUAUGGCACAGUUAGAUGCAAAAAUUAGAGAGGAUAGAAAUAAGUCAACCGCAUUAGCAUUAUCAAUUGCAGCAAUGGUUGCAUUAUUAUUUGAAAAUUAUGACAGAGCUAAUGACUUUUCUGAGCGUUCAUAUAAUCUUGAUCCAGAUGAUGAAAAUGUACUCUUGGCCAGGGGUUGGUGUUUAUUAGCUUCAAAAGAUCCAUCGCAGAAACCUGGAAACUUUUUUGAAGUAGUACUGAAAGAAAAUAAUAAACAUUUCAAUGCUCUUCUUGGCUCUGCUAAGUGCAGAGAACUACGAGGCGAUCAUUCUGGAUCUAUGCUUAUUUUAAAUCAAUUAAUCGUGAGAUAUCCGAAAAUUGCUAUACCGCUUGUCGAAAAAAUGAACAAUUUGUUGGCUAUGAAAGAGUGGGAUCAAGUACUAGAGACAUCAGGACGUAUUUUGUCCCUCGAAGGUAAUAAUCUCGAUGCAUUUCGCGUAAGAGCCAUAGUGGUAAUAUGCCGAGAUGGAGACUACAGCGAGUCUGUAAAGCAUGUUCAAACAUUCUUCCGUAAUCUCGUCGUGGCUGAGCCAAAGAACAUAGAUUUGUUUGUUGACAACGUACAGCUCAUCACUGGAAUAGCUGUGAAAAAUCAAACGAUCCUGAGUGAACUGUUCAAAAUAGUUGAUAAAGUGUCACAGCAAAACCCUGGAAACGCUUUGCUCACCGUAGAGCUAGGUAACGUCUGUUUAGGGCUCAGUAAAGCCAAGGACGCGGAGCACUGGUACAGAGCGACAGUACGUCUCGACGAGAGCUCUUACGCCGGUCUCAUCGGCUUGGCGCGGUGUCAGCUGCGAGAUCUCGAUCCGAAAACGUUGCCCAGCGACGAUCUGACGCGUCAGCAGCUCGACUACAUCGCCGAUUUGCCCGAAGCCGUUAAGAGCUCCGAAUUGAAACUACUCUACGCCAAGAUGUAUCGAGCGAAGGGUAGCCGGGCCCUGGAAUUUCUCGAGGAAGCUGCUAGCUUUGCUUUCGAGAGCGUCGAUGGAUGGUGUUACGGAAGCGAUUACCUGAAGCGACUCAGGCCCGAUCUGUGCCUCGACAUAGUCGACGAGUACCUCAUACACUUGCCGAGCAGCAGCAGCGGCUUGACCGAGGGCAGCGUCAACGAGAAUCGCGCCACUUGCGCCAAGUUGCUCGAGAUGGUCGUCGAGGCUUGCCCCGGAUUGAGCACGGCCCUCUUGACCAUCGGCCGCGUCAAGAUGCAAAUGGGUGACUUUGAGGGAGCCUCGGCCGCCCUCAAGCGACUGCUCGACUCGGUCGACCGGACCAACGCAGCUGGCCACCUGCUGAUGGCUCGCAUACUGGUCAUGCAGGGCCACUACGAGAGCGCCUCGCAAACCCUCGAAGUCGGUCUCAGCUAUAACUUCAAGGUGAGGGACGAUCCGCUCUACCACAUGAUCGUGGGCACGGUGGCCAAGGAGAACGGCGACCUCGAGGCAGCCAUCAAGAACUUGGAGCAAGCCCUGGCUAUAUCUCGCGUCAAGGAUCACCCCUCGAGUACUCGUCUGUCCACGGCCGAUCAAGCGACUCUGUACCUGGAGCUCAUAUCGGCCUAUGCGGCGUUGCGUCGUUUUGCCGAGGCCAGCCAAAUGGUCGAGGAGGCCCGAGGCAAAUUGGCCAGUGGGCCUGAAUACGCUCGAAUCGUCGUUGGCCACGCGGAGCUCUGCGUCAAAAUGGACGACGUCGAGCGGGCCAUCGACAUGCUCAAUGGCAUACAGCCCGGCGAGGGCUACUACCUGCAAGCUCAUACCAAAUUGGCCGAGAUCUACUUGAAGGAAAGGAAAGAUCGAAAUUCCUUCGCCAAAUGCUUCAGAGAUUUGGUGGCAAAUUGCCCGGGACCGGAAACCAACGCUAUGCUUGGCGACGCUUAUUUGUCCAUUCAAGAGCCCGAGCGAGCCAUCGAAGCCUACGAGUUGUCUUUACAGCACAGGCCAAGGGACCGAAUAAUUGCGCGUAAGAUGGGCCAAGCGCUCGUAAAAACGCAUCAAUAUGCCAAAGCAAUCGCGUACUACAAAGAGGCAGUGAGCAAAGACGAUUGCCAAGAUUUAAAGCUUGACAUGGCUCAGCUGCUUAUGAAACUCAAGCAGUUUGACGAGGCUGAAGCUGCAUUACUUGAAGACCUUAACGAAGCUCGAGGAAGCAAUGACAUUCUAGCUCUGGAGAUUCGCGGUAAACAGCUACUUCUAUUGGCGCAAGUACGCGAGCGCUCAGGCAACAUCAAGGGUGCUUUGUCGACCUUAAAAGAGGCCAAAGAGAAUCAAGUGCGCUACGUGCAACGAGCCUCUUUGUUGCCCAACUUGCUCGAUCAAAAAAAUGUCCUUGCCGACAUUUGCUUCACAAUGGCCGAGCACAUGUACUCCAUGAGAGAUUACGCUCAAGCAGUCGAGCACUACAAGGAGGCGCUGACCUACAAGCCGAACGACGUCAAAGCCCUCCUCUCCUUGGCCAAGCUCUACAUGCAGAUGAAUGAACUCGAAAAGUGCACGCAGUACUGUAAAAUGCUCUUGAAUGCCGAUUCAAAUAACGAGGCAGCUUGCGUGAUGAUGGCUGAUUUGGCUUUCCGAAAGGUUGACUUUGACACGGCAGCAUUUCACUUCAAGCAGCUAUUGCUACAAAAACCGACCUACUGGACCGCGCUAGCUCGUCUCAUCGAAGUAUCUCGUAGAACUGGUAACGUGGACGAUUUGGACGAGUGGCUGCACAGGGCCAAGCAGUCGAUGCGAUCGGGAAAGAUAGAAGCCGGUUACUAUUAUUGCGCGGGUUUGUUGGACUGGCGAACGAAUCGUUUGUCAUCGGCAUUGAAAAACUUUAACGCAGCUCGGCGAGAUCUCGAAUGGGGUCAGCAAGCUAUAUACAAUAUGAUUGAGAUUUGCCUCGAUCCCGAUGACGAUUCCAAUGCUUUAUCCAGCGAGCUUUUCAUCGACGAAGAAAUGAGCAGCGAGGACGCGCGAGGAAUGGCUUUGAGUACUGCUCAAAGGUUACUGCAAGAUCUUAAUCCGAAAGGCAAUCCACAAGAGCAGUUGACUCACCGAUUGUUGAGUAAUUUCUAUUUACUCGCUACGAAGCAAAAGGUAAACGUCGAGCUAGCUUUGCAGGAUUGUACAGAGCUCGCGAAUCACGAAUCACUGAGAGAUCAUGUUGGGCCGGCGCUGGGCUUGGCAACCGCGCAUAUCCUAUUAAAACAGCAGCCUCGAGCCAGGAACCAUUUAAAAAGAGUCAGUAAAAAUACGUGGACUUUCGAGGAUGCAGAAUACCUUGAAAAGUGCUGGACGCUUCUCGCUGAGAUCUACACACAAUCGUCGAAAUACGACUUGGCCAGCGAGUUGCUGCGACGCGUUAUCCAGCAUAAUGCCACUUGCGUAAGAGCCCACGAAAUAUCCGGCAUUAUCGCCGAAAAAGAGCAAAAUUAUAAAGAAGCUGCAAAGUCCUACGACUUGGCAUGGCGCUACGGGGGUAGACAAAAGCUCACUAUUGGCUAUAAAUUGGCUUAUUGUAAUUUCAAAAGCAAGCGCUUCGCCGAUGCGAUUGAGAUCUGCAAUCAGGUACUCAAAGCCAAUCCCGACUAUCCAAGAAUAAAAAAGGACAUUUUGGAAAAGAGUAUAAACAAUCUGCGAACAUAGAUUUUAUUAUAGGUUUGAUUUGACUUUUUUGUGUACUUACAUUCUACGUUUUUAUUGACUCGUAAGCUUCAAUUAAAACUCACUUGUACGAACUUGAAAAUAAUAGCAUAUAGUGUAAUGGAAUGUAUUUCAUCCGUCCAGUUUUCGUUAAUUUAAUAAAUAUAGGUAGUAUGGUUAUAUGUGAGUGUAGUUGUUUUCAUUUUUUGUUGUUUUUCUGUCGGAACGAG